UUUUGAAUGGUGUCGCGGCGGUUUAGUAUUGUGAAGGCUUCUUUCUGCCUGUGGGACGCGUGUCUUGACAGUGAGUGACCUGGGGCGAGCCCGGCGAGGUACUGGAGUGCUCCUUGACGGGCUGAGGAAAGGCUCCAUGUCUGUGGAGAGGCUACAUGCCGAAGCUACGUGGGAUCUGAGCCCUUCCGGGCGGCGGCGGCGGCGGCGGAGGCGGCGCUGGGCAUUGGGGGCAGGCGAGAUGGAAGACGACGGCGGCGGCGAUCCCGACACCGCGGUGCUGACUCUCAGCCACUUCUCCCGGCCCCCCUUCCUUAGCUUCGGCACGGUCGGCGUCGGGACGUCGCGCACUCGCCGCUUGGCUCUGGAGAACCCCAACGCCGAGCCCAUUCUGGUGGCCGUGUGGCGCCCUCCGCCCGCCUCGAAAGGCUUCGCGGUGGAGCAGCUCAGGUGUCUCAUUCAGCCUAGAGAGAGGGUAUUCAUUUCGAUAGUAUGGAUGCCACUGGAAGAGGGCAGAGUCCGGGAACUCAUAACAUUUGUUGUGAACGGUGUGGUUAAGCAUCAGGCAGUUUUGCUGGGCAGCGCUGAACAACCUGUCAAGAAAAAGAGAAGUCUUUGGGAGUCAAUUAAAAAGAGAUCUACAGCACAGCAACCACAGUAUAAGAAAAGACAGUCCAGGAUUAAAAAUGUAAACAAAACGUUUCAAGUAUCUGAAAAAACAAAUAGUGUUAGAAGUCCUCUCCAGUGCUGUGAAAACUUGGAAGAGAGCAGAUGUAGCGCUUCACCUGAAGGAGAUUCGCUUAUUUUAGAAAAUAAAAUGCCUCUAUCUCCUAUUAGUCCCACUCUGCAAGAAAACCGAAAUGUCACUUGCACCCCCCUAUCAAUGAGAUCAACUGUAUAUUCAAUUCUUGAGAAAGUUGAUGAUGAUGUUUUACCAAAGGCUAUAAAAGAGACCUUUACCAUUAUGCCAAUGAAGACAAAAUUGGAAAGCGCACACAUUGUUCAGCCUAUAGAAGCACAGAAUUCAAAUACAAAUUCAUGUGACACCCCAGAGCAGCUGAAAAGACUGCAUAUUACUUCAGAUCACAAGAGAAUUUUAAGCCCGGAUUCCUUGCCCUCACUGGGAGUGGGUGCGCUAAUUCUUUCACCUGAUCAGUUUUUAAAGGAGAACCAAAUAGCGGUUGAGCCAGUUUUACAAGUAUGUGAACCUGUGUUGCCAUCAGACUUGGAGCCUGGUGUGUCAGAGUAUUUUCCCCCCAAAAAGGAGAAAAAAGUGUUGCAAACUGUAACUUUUUCUGCAGAACCUCAAUUUCAACACAAAGCCUUUAAUGUCACACGUAAUAGAGAAUUAUCAGUGUUUCACUAUGAAAACUGUGAGCAGCAUCUCAGUUUUCCUGCUCACACAGCCAAACAUCAGGUGUGUCAGUUCCAGAAGCAAGAACCUCUCAAACGGCCUCUGCUUUCCAGUACUGUUAUCAAGAGUAAGCAAGGUCCUCUUGAAGGAAAAGGACCACAGAUGCUGAAAUCAAAGUCUAGAAAAUGCCUUUCUAAUGCAAUACAACAGUGUGUGGAUAAAGUUCCUGAAAGCAGAAAAAUAGAAAGACUGCCCAACCUCCCUGUUAUAGAAUCCUUGACUUGUGUUGUUAGUAGUGACAAAGUCGAAAAAGCGUCACUGUGUUCAGAAUCAUCUUCACAUAAUCGAAAAAGAAAAAGCGGAGAAUUUUUGGAAGAGAUUAAUAGCGGAAGUAAAAAAUAUAUGGGUAACGUUGACACCAAAAAACUCUCGAUGUCCUGUGAGUUAAAUGAGAAGCCAACAGAUUUGAAAACAUCAGGUCCAAAAUCUGCCAACAGAGAGAAACAAAGUCAGAAAAAGCGAGUUGGUUUCUUAUCUCAGAAAUCCAGGAGUGCUAGAAAAACCUCUAAAAAGAUGGUUCCAGUUGCACAGUCUCAGCUGACCUUCCUUAAACCAUUCAAAACAGAUCUUCCGAGGCAUCCAAUGCCUUUUGUGGCGAAGAACAUGUUUUACGAUGAACGUUGGAAAGAGAAACAACAGCGAGGUUUUACUUGGUGGUUGAAUUUUGUACUUACUCCAGAUGACUUUACAGUAAAAACAGACACUUCUCAUGUCAAUGCAGCAUCACUUAUUUUGGGAAUAGAAGCUCAUCAUAAAUGCAGUGUUCCAAAAGCACCAACAAAAGAGGAAGUUUCGUUAAGAGCGUAUUCUGCUCGAUGUAAAUUGAACAAACUCCGUAGCUCAGCUUGCCGUUUGUUUACCCACAAUGCAAUGGUUAAAGCAAUAAAAAGGCUGGAGGUUGAAAUUGAAGCCAAACACUUGCUUGUUCGGAAGGACAGACAUCUGUGGAAGGAUAUUGGACAAAGGCAGAAAAUCCUGAACUGGCUUCUAUGCUACAAUCCGCUGUGGCUGCGCAUGGGCUUGGAGACUGUCUAUGGUGAACUGAUAGCCUUGGAGAAUAAUAGUGAUGUAACGGGUUUGGCAAUGUUUAUACUCACUCGCUUGUUGUGGAACCCAGAUAUUGCCGCUGAAUAUAGGCACCCAGCUGUGCCUCAUCUUUAUCGAGACGGUCACGAAGAAGCACUGUCAAAAUUUACACUGAAAAAAAUACUUCUACUGGUUUGCUUUCUUGAUCAUGCCAAAUCAUCUAGAAUUAUUGAUCAUGAUCCUUGCCUCUUCUGCAGAAAUGCAGCAUUUAAGUCCAGCAGAGACAUAUUAUUGGCAUUUUCCCGAGACUUUUUAAGCGGAGAAGGUGAUCUUUCUCGCCACCUGGGCUUCCUGGGCUUACCGGUGAAUCAUGUGCAGACUCCACUUGAUGAGUUUGACUUUUCUGUAGUAAAUCUAGCCACCGAUUUGCAGUGUGGAAUUCGUCUUGUAAGAACAUUGGAGCUUCUGUCCAAAAACUGGAGUCUUUCAAAGAAGUUAAGAGUUCCAGCAAUGAGUAGACUUCAGAAGAUUCAUAAUGUUAAUAUUGCCCUUCAGGUAUUAAAAGACCAUGGAAUUCAGUUGAAAGAUGAAUAUGGUUCAGGAAUUGAUGCCAAGGAUAUUGUAGACCGGCAUAGAGAGAAAACACUGGCAUUGCUAUGGAAAAUAGUUUUUGCUUUUCAGGUGAAUGUUUUCCUCGAUCUGAAUCAAUUAAAAGAUGAAAUAGAUUUUUUAAAGAACUUGCAUGAUGCACAAGUCAAGAUGGCUGCCCUGGAAUCUUCUGUAACCGUCAAAGGGAGAAAAGACAGCAGUUGCUUUUAUUCAUCGGAAAGCUGCAGUGAAAAUGUAAAGCUGUUGAUGGACUGGGUGAAUGCUGUUUGUGUGUUUUAUGGCAUCCAGGUGGAGAACUUCACAGUAUCCUUCUCAGAUGGAAGAAUUUUGUGUUAUUUGAUUCAUCAUUACCAUCCGUGUUACAUGCCUUUGGAAGCAAUAUGCCAGCGUACAACCCAAACAAUAGAAUGUACCAAAAGUGGUACAUUGGCACUGAACUCGUCCUCUGAGUCUGAUGAUUCCCUAAGUCUGCUGAACAAACCUUUUGGCCAAGCUGUAAGCACUUCAGCACUCUAUAAAGAACUCCUUGACAAUGAGAAGAAAAACUUCCAGCUGGUUAAUGCUGCCGUUUCUGACCUUGGUGGUGUUCCAGCUAUGAUUCACCAUGUAGAUAUGUCUAACACUAUACCUGAUGAGAAGGUGGUUAUCACCUAUGUGUCAUUUCUGUGUUCCCGACUUCUAGCUGUUUGUAAAGAGAUUCGAGCAGCUCGACUUAUUCAGUCUGCAUGGAGGAAACACAGGCUGAAGAAGGAACUUGCUCAGAACAUCAAGCAAAUCUUGAAUGCAACUGUUGUAAUUCAGAAACACUGGAGAAGGUGUUUGGCUCAGAAAGAACUUCAGAAAUUUAUAAAGGCAAAGCGAGAAGAAACUGAAAGAGUGUCUUCUGUUGUAAUUCAGAAAUACUGGAGAGGGUAUUGUGCCAGAAGGAAGUAUCUACAGCUGCGGUAUAAUACAGUUCUCAUGCAAGCAAGGAUAAGAAUGUUACUUUCACUUGCUGCUUAUAAAAAAAUUAUCUGGGCUGCAGUCACCAUUCAAAGGCGCUGGCGGGCUUCACUGAAGGCAAAAAAUGAUUACCAAAGAUAUCAGAACUUGAAAGUGUCCACAUUUGUGAUUCAGUCUGCAUUCAGAAGAUGGAAAACCUGCAAAAUAAAACAGAAAAUAGAAGCUGAGCUGCUGUUGCAAGAGGCAGAACUAGCGGAAAAAACCAGAGCCGCCGUUCUAAUUCAGUCAUGGUACAGGAUGAUAAGAGAUCGAAAUAGUUUCUUUUGUGUUAGACGAAGUGUUAUCAAGAUACAAGCCUGGUUCAGAUGCAUUCUAGCUAAAUUCAUUUACAAACAGAAGAAAGCAGGGAUAUUGGCUAUUCAAAAGUGUUACAGAGCAUACAGACUGGGAAAAACUGAGAGGGAAACUUAUCUGCAGAGACGUGCAGCAAUAAUAGUUCUUCAGGCUGCUUUUAGGGGAAUGAAAGCUCGUUUAUUAUUUAAGCAGGUGAGAGCAGUUUGCAUCAUUCAGUCAUUUUGGCAAAUGAGACGAGAGAGGCAGAGGUUUCUACAAGUGAAACACUUUGUCAUUGUUGUGCAGUCGCAUGUGAGAAAGCAACAGCAACUGAAAAGAUUCAGAGCGAUUAAAGAUGCUGCCUCAGUUAUUCAGGCACGGUACAGAGCAUACAGAGCUUCUAAAAAAGCAAUUACUUCUUACCAUGAAUUACGCCGUGCUGCUGUCAUUUUACAGUCUGCAUUUAGAGCAAAACAAGCAAGACAGAAGGUCAACAUGCUGAAAUCUAUAAUAAAAAUUCAGUCCUGUUUUCGUGCUUACGUGGCCCGGAAAAGAUUUCUAAACUUCAAACUUGCUGCUGUGAAAAUUCAGGCUUUUAUAAAGAUGAGGCAAUCACAUAAACAUUACUGUGCGUUAAGAGAAGCAGCCAUAUAUGUCCAACGAAGGUACCGUUCCCAGAAGGAAGCCUCUCAACUGAGAGAAGAAUAUGCAAAACUGAGACGAGCUUGUGUAAAAGUCCAAGCUGUUGUACGAGGACAUCACACUAGAAAGUGGAUGAAGAGGAGGCAAGAGGCUGCAGUUGUACUUCAGGCCCAGUACAGAAUGAAGAGAGAGAGGCAGCACUAUCUAAGCCUGUGUAGAGCUUCCACUGUUAUUCAGAUGCACUAUCGUGCCUACAGAGAAGGAACCUGUCAGAGGGAGAUCUUCUUGCAACUCAAAAAGGCAACUAUCUGUUUGCAAGCAGCCUGCAGAGGUUAUAGACUGCGCAAAACCCUUCAACGUGAAAAUGAAGCUGCACUUAUAAUCCAGACAGCUUUUAGGACUCAUGCUGCAAGGAGGCGGCAUCAGACCAUGAUUCAAGCUUCCCUUGUGAUUCAGAGAUGGUAUAGGGCUUCCAAGGCUACCUCUGAAAUCCAACAAAGUUUCUUCAGGACCAAAGCAGCUGUUAUUACCCUACAGGCAGCUUCCCGUGGCUGGUUAGCAAGGAAACGGAUUCAGGAGCAGCAUGCUGCUGCAAUUGUUAUCCAGUCUGCACUUAGGAAGUAUAAGGCUCUGAAAAAUUUCACAACAACAAGAAAUGCAGCUCUAACGCUUCAGCGGCGGUACAGAGCUCUAAUGUCUUGUAGAGAACAACGACAGGCAUAUAUUCUAUUUCGCACCUGCAUCAUACAACUCCAGGCAGUUUGGAGAGGCAGUGUGAUGAGAGAGCAAAUAAAAAGGCAACAUCAGGGUGCAGUAGUCAUACAGUCCUACUAUAGAAUGCACAACAGUCGAGCAAAGUUCAAAAGUUUAAGACUGGCUACUGUCUCCAUUCAAAGACGGUAUCGUGCUGCUGUCCUAGCCAACAGCCAAAGGCAGGAGUACCUGGCAUUAAGGGAAGCAACUGUUAAAAUCCAGGCAGUUUACAGAGGUGUGAGAACCAGGCGAAAUGUUCAGGGCAUGCAUCAUGCCGCUGUGUGUAUCCAAGCAAUAUUUAAGAUGCAUCAAGCUUAUGCUAAAUAUCAGGCAUUAAAGCUGGCAACAGCUGUAAUUCAGGUUAGAUACAGAGCUGUUUGCAGAAGAAGACAGGAACAGGCAAAGUAUCAGGAGCUAAGAGAGGCUUCCUUUAUCCUUCAGUCUGCUGACAGAGGCAUGAAAGUUAGACAAGAGCUAAAAACUUUGCAUUUCUCCUCUGUGACUAUUCAGAGGAAGUAUCGAGCUACAGUACUAGCAAAAGAUCAGCGCAACGAGUAUCUUUGCUUCCAUCAAUCUGCCAUCAUUGUGCAGUCUGCCUUCAGAGGCAUGUUGGUCAGGAAGCGUGUGAACCAAAUGCAUGCAGCUGCUACCAUUAUCCAGGCAACUAUCAGAAUGUACAUAAUGCGUAAUCGUUACAGAGCCGUGAAGCUUGCUUCUGUCAUAAUUCAGUGGCACUAUAGAUCAUACAAAGAAGCUAAAAACAUGAGAGGACUAUAUUUGAAGCAGCGCCACUCUGCUGUAGUUCUUCAGGCAGCCUACAGGGGAAUGAAAACGCGGUGCACCUUAAAGAAAGAGCACAUUGCUGCAGUAGUCAUCCAGAGUAACUUCCGCAUGCACAGGCAAUGUUGUUCUUAUAGAAAAAUGCAAUGGGCAGCCAUAGUCAUACAAACAAAAUUCAGAGCAAGAUGUCUUAGAAAGCUUGCUGUCCAGCAGCACUCCACUGACAGAGCUGCCACUAGUCUUCCAAUGGCUUCUUGCACAACGAAGGAGGCAAGCCCUCAGACAAGACAUCACGCUGCUCUUGUGAUUCAGAGGAGUUUUAAACUCUGGAGAGACCGCAGGAAAAUUCAGUCCUACUGUCAUGUGGCCAUGGAUAGCAAGACUAUUCAGUACAGAACUGCAGCUGUUACAUUACAGACUCUGUCCCGAGGAAAUGAAGCCGGAGUGCAGUACCAGAAAUACAGGAAAGCUGCUAUUGUUAUACAACAGUAUUUUCGAUCUUUCUUGGCCGUGCGACGUCAAAGAAGGAUUUACUUACGAACUCUGAGGAGCAUUAUUGUUAUGCAAGCAACUGUAAGAGGGUUCCUUGAACGUCAAAGACUUCGCCAAAUAAAAAGUGCAGUAAAAAUGCAGAUUUCAGGACAGAAACAGCAGAGUUCUCUACUUCGUUUUACAGCUGGUGCCUAUUAUCAUCUUGCUGCUGUUAGAAUCCAGAGGGCUUACAGAAUUCAUCUUCUCUGGAAGCACGAACAGAUGCAACUUGCUUCUGUUUUGUAUAUUCAGAGAUGGUAUCGUGCGAAAAUACAGAGGAGGGAAUUCCUACAGCACCGUGAGAAAAUUGUUAAAAUACAGAGAAUGGUGAGGAAAAGGAUGAAGUGUAAAAGUGCAGGUUCUGGCAAAAUCCAGAAAGGCGUGAGCCAAAGGACAAUGAAUAACGGAAUUACUAAAUUUCAGGCUUUGUGGAGAGGAUAUUUGUGGAGGAAAAAGACGGAUACUGAUGAAACUAGAGCUCUACGAGAUAGUUUGGUGAUGGCCACUAAAGAAAGCAAGGAAGAAAUGAAGCUGUGUAAUAGAACUGCGCUUGCCAUUGAUCGCCUUCUAAAAUACAAACAUUUUUCAUACAUUCUGGCAGCUUUAAAAGAUCUGGAGGUUGUAACCAGAUUAUCUCCUGUUUGCUGUGAAAGUAUGGCCCAGACUGAAGCAGUCUCCACUAUUUUUACUUUGAUUCGGAGUUGCAAUCGCAGUGUCCCUUGUAUGGAUGUCAUCAAAUACUCUGUUCAAAUCCUGCUUAAUUUAUCAAAGUAUGAAAGGACAACUCAAACUGUUUAUUCAGUGGAAAAUUCAAUAGAUACGUUGUUGGACCUACUUCAGAUGUACCGUGAGAAAGCUGGUGACAAAAUUUCAGGAAAAGGUGGAAGCAUUUUUACCAAGGUUUGCAGCCUGUUGGCUCUUCUUGUGAAGGAUUCAACAAGAGCAUCUGAGAUUCGAAGCAACCCUCAAGUAAUUGCUCGCCUCCGAAGCCUGUUUAGACUUAUUUCUCGUAAACAUGAAAUGGAUGCCCAAAGGACACUUGCCCAGCAGAAGACAAGUGCAUUCAGAAAUGGUCGAAUCCCUGUCCUAGUCACUCCUGUAAGAACAAAAAUAAUUUCUAGGCAGAGACCAGACUGGGUAUUAGGAAAAGAUAAUAUGAAAGAGAUCGUUGAUCCACUGCAAGCAAUUCAAAUGACAAUGGAUACACUUGGAAUUUCUUUCUACUAAUGGAUCGAUGCUAUGUCUAGUUUUUUUUUGAAAAAAAUCAUUUCAGUAGUGAUCAUGACAGUUUUAAAUGUCUGUUUGUAUAUAUCUAUGUCUGUAUGUAUACUGAAGAUUGUUAUACUUUAAUCUAAAAAGUGCUUAUUUGCAGACACGAGACCGCAUCACCCCAUAUGUCCCUGUACGGCCUCUCCGAUCAGCUGAGGCCAAUCUACUAGUGGUCCCUGGCCCUUCGGCGAUGCGGCUGGCCUCCACGCGGGCCAGCG